CGCGCGCUGCUGCGGCUUUUUCUCCGGCCUCUGCGACGCGCCCCUCCUUGUCAGCCCGGCGCUAGCGGGCACCGCGGUUCCUUUUCGUGAGCUCUCCGAGGGCCAGGAGCCGACCGGCUGCCAGAGAAGCUGCUGGGCAGCGGCUACGAACGAUUAAAAUCUCAGAAGAAAUACCUGCUCUUCGUACAAAGAGGAAAUCUGUGUACUUUUGUCGGCUUCCAAAGAUUACUAACAUUUAUCUGUAUCACUAAAAGUGAACUGCCUUGGCUAUACUGCUCCUCUUACUGCUGCUUCCAUUAUUGCCUUCUUCAGCAAAAUAAGGCUUUCCGAAGCCAAAGAAUAACAAGACAUAAGCGCCAUUUUAGAAGCCUUUCCAGUAUGAAACUUAAGCUAAAUGUGCUUACCAUUAUUUUGCUACCUGUCCACUUGUUAAUAACAAUAUACAGUGCCCUUAUAUUUAUUCCAUGGUAUUUUCUUACCAAUGCCAAGAAGAAAAACGCUAUGGCAAAGAGAAUAAAAGCUAAGCCCACUUCAGACAAACCCGGAAGUCCAUAUCGCUCUAUCACGCACUUCGACUCACUAGCUGUCAUAGACAUCCCUGGAGCAGACACACUGGACAAAUUAUUCGACCAUGCUGUGGCCAAGUUUGGGAAGAAGGACAGCCUUGGGACCAGGGAAAUCCUGAGUGAAGAAAAUGAAAUGCAGCCAAACGGAAAGGUUUUUAAGAAGUUAAUUCUUGGAAAUUAUAAAUGGAUGAAUUAUCUUGAAGUGAACCGCAGAGUGAGUAACUUCGGUAGUGGACUCACUGCAUUGGGGCUGAAACCAAAGAGCACCAUCGCCAUCUUCUGUGAGACCAGGGCCGAAUGGAUGAUUUCAGCACAGACCUGUUUUAAGUACAACUUUCCUCUUGUUACUUUGUAUGCAACACUUGGCAAAGAAGCAGUAGUUCAUGGAUUAAAUGAAUCUGAGGCUUCCUAUCUGAUUACUAGUGUUGAACUUCUAGAAAGCAAACUGAAGACUGCCUUGUUAGAUAUCAAUUGUGUUAAACAUAUCAUUUAUGUGGAUAAUAAGACUAUCAAUAAAGGAGAGUACCCUGAAGGGUUUGAGAUUCAUAGCAUGCAGUCUGUAGAAGAGUUGGGAUCCAAGCCAGAAAAUGCAAGCAUUCCUCCGAAUAGACCAACACCUUCAGACAUGGCCAUUGUCAUGUACACCAGCGGUUCUACUGGGCGGCCUAAGGGAGUCAUGAUGCAUCAUAGCAAUUUGAUAGCUGGCAUGACAGGCCAGUGUGAAAGAAUACCUGGACUAGGACCAAAGGACACAUAUAUUGGUUACUUACCUUUGGCUCAUGUGCUAGAAUUGACAGCAGAGAUAUCUUGCUUUACCUAUGGCUGUAGGAUUGGAUAUUCUUCUCCACUUACACUCUCUGACCAGUCCAGCAAAAUUAAGAAGGGAAGCAAGGGAGAUUGUAGUGUACUGAAACCCACACUUAUGGCUGCUGUUCCGGAAAUUAUGGAUAGAAUUUAUAAGAAUGUUAUGAGUAAAGUUCAAGAGAUGAAUUAUAUUCAGAAAACUCUAUUCAAAAUAGGGUAUGAUUACAAAUUGGAACAGAUCAAAAAGGGAUAUGAUGCACCUCUUUGCAAUCUGUUGCUGUUUAAAAAGGUGAAGGCUCUGCUGGGAGGGAAUGUCCGUAUGAUGCUGUCUGGUGGGGCUCCACUCUCCCCUCAGACACACCGAUUCAUGAAUGUCUGCUUCUGCUGCCCCAUUGGCCAAGGCUAUGGACUGACAGAAUCAUGUGGUGCUGGGACAGUUACUGAAGUUACUGACUAUACUACUGGAAGAGUUGGAGCUCCUCUUAUCUGCUGUGAAAUUAAGCUGAAAGACUGGCAGGAAGGUGGUUAUACGGUUCAUGAUAAGCCAAACCCCAGAGGUGAAAUUGUAAUUGGUGGACAGAAUAUCUCCAUGGGAUAUUUUAAAAAUGAAGAGAAAACAGCAGAGGAUUAUUCUGUGGAUGAAAAUGGGCAAAGGUGGUUUUGUACUGGUGAUAUUGGAGAAUUCCAUCCUGAUGGAUGUUUACAGAUCAUAGAUCGUAAGAAAGAUCUGGUGAAGUUACAAGCAGGAGAAUAUGUGUCUCUGGGAAAAGUAGAAGCAGCACUGAAGAAUUGCCCACUUAUUGACAACAUCUGUGCUUUUGCCAAAAGUGACCAGUCCUACGUGAUCAGUUUUGUGGUUCCAAAUCAGAAAAGGUUGACCCUUUUGGCCCAGCAGAAGGGAGUAGAAGGAUCAUGGGUUGAUAUCUGCAAUAACCCUGCCAUGGAAGCUGAAAUACUGAAAGAAAUUCGAGAAGCUGCAAAUGCCAUGAACUUGGAGCGCUUUGAAAUUCCAAUCAAAGUUCGAUUAAGCCCAGAACCAUGGACCCCUGAAACUGGUUUGGUAACUGAUGCUUUCAAACUGAAAAGGAAGGAAUUGAAGAACCAUUAUCUCAAGGACAUUGAGCGGAUGUAUGGGGGCAAAUAAAAUGUUGCUUUCUUAUUUACAGUCACACAGGAGGUGGCCUAGUGGUUUCAGUUCUUGAAUUUAAGCCUUUGUUGAGCUGUCUGUUAGAAUGUAUGAUACAUCAUUCUAAAAAUGUUUAAAAAACCAAAACUGAUUAAAAUAGUGGUUGAGUCUCCUUUAACCUAGUUUUUGCAUAGUUCUAGUGAAGAUGAAAUUGAAAAGCUAUUUCCCUUUAGCUGUGUUUUUAAUUUUAGGGCAGAAAUUCUUUUUUAAAAAAUUAGCCUAAGAUACACUUGUUUUCAUAAAGAAAAUAUUUAAUGUGAACAAAAUGAAUUGGAGUUGGAGUAGAAUGUAGUUUGAUGAAAUUUGCAGCUUUCAGUGUCUGUUGUCUUCCUAGCUCAGAAGUUUCCAUAGUGAGCAUGACAAAAAUAUGUAUCAACACUACUCAAAGCAAAAGUGCUACAGGGCUUGAGAAUUCUCUUCUGACCAUUUGUUUUGAAGGGAAAAUUUCAUUGUAAAAUAAUGUAUGAAGUCAGUAUCUUAGAAGGAAUUAUUUUAAGAUCAUAAUUGUAUAGGUUAGACAUAGAAUCAUUAUAAAAUUGUGAGCAAUUACAGUGCCUGAAGCAAGAAUAAAACAUUUACAUACCAAAAAUAUGUAGUAGUAUAUGUGAAAGGAAAUUGAAUUGCUCUCUUGAAUCUUUGACAUCAAAAAUCAAUAACUGUAAUUAUCUGAAUUAUUCAAGAGGAAAGUACAUUUUUUAAAAAUGCUAAAAAUGACCUUUCUGCAUUUGUUCAAGUAAAACACAGAAACCAAGAGAGAGAAAAAAAUAGUCAAAAUUUCAUAGUGAGCAUUUUAUCUGUGAGAAAAGCUGACACGCAUAAAUAUUUGGGAUCAGGACCCUUUUAUAACAAUGGGCCUGGGAAAGCAAUUUUCACUCUGAAUUUACCUUUCAUAUCAAAGGUUGAUUUUAAAAUGUACUCCUCUGAAAUCGCCAUUUUAAUUUAUGGUCUGUUUGCUGUUGCUGGUUUGACUUGUAAUCAGUAGUUUGCAUUUCAGAAAGCCUUUCAUUUUGCUUUAAUUUUAGCAAAGCGGGUUAUGAUGAAUGACUUCCUUAAAAUCUUGUUCAAACCUACAGGUGAUUAAUUAUCUUGGAUGAGUUUUGGGAAGUUAAAGGGAAGAAACAUUUUUACCACUUUUUCCUGUUUGUGAAAAGUUUAGAAACUGGAAAUAAUAGAUUUGGGAGAAGGGCAGAGUUACUUGAGAAGGGGACUGUUUUGUGCAGUAACAACAUGGUGUGUGGGUUUCUUUUAAAAUCUUCACUUAAAGUCUGGAAUUAUAUAUUCUUGAUAGAUAUUCACACUUGAACCAUAGUUACUGUAAAAAAUCUUAAUACUGUUAUUCUUUGCACUUUUUCAUAAUCAUUUUAUAUAUACAUAUAUAUAUAUAUGUUGCUUACAUUGCAUUGUACAGAUGUGGGCCACCACUAUAACAAAAUGAAUUCUUUGUGCUCUAAAAUAUUUAUAAAGAAACUAUUUAAAUGUUAUGUAUAUGGUGGUAAUAAGGGAAAAAUCAUCUGGUUCUUAUAAGUGAGAGUGAAGGUUUUUGCAAAAGUUUCUGUUCAGUGUUCAAUAUAAAGUUCUCGGCAAGUUUUCCCUGAAGUUACAUAUGAGUAUUCUCAUUCUCUUAACUUGCCAUUGUGAGUGAAAAGUAAUUAUUAUCAAGCAGACUAUUAUUUAGCUUCUACUUCUCCCAGCCCACUGUUUAUCCUAUAAGGGUCAUUUUCUUAGACUUUUCCAACAUGUGAUCCUCAUUUGGAAUGGUGAUUUUUAAAUGUGCAUGCAUACUAUCUUCUUUCAGAUACUUGCACCCCACCAACCACAUCUCCUCAAAGCUGGAACACUGCCAACUAGUCAGUUGAAUAGGUCCUUUAGAAACACAUAAUUAACACUUAAAGGUUGGGUGCUGCUAAUUCUUUGUAAAAAAAAUCCAAAUAUUAUUAAGGGACCAGGGAGAUGCCACUGCCUUCUGAUUUUUUUCAUCCUAAAAUAUACAUUUUAUGUAAGAAGAAAUCUUUCCAUAUUCAUAGUAACAUAACUACUUGAGCCUAAAGAUGAUCUCACAUUUUUAUACCUGUUUAAAUCAUUCACAGUUAGUAUUACAUGUCAGCCAUCCAUCAAAUAAAGUUGUACUUAAUAUUUUCUCUAAGUAUGUAUAUUUCUAAGUUGAACACUUUGCUUUGAUUACAUGAAAAUGUCUUGCUUUCCUGGCAUUUGUACUCAUUCUCAUUUUUUCAUGAAUGGAGAUAUGAUUGUAUGGCUUUUCAGAACUAAAAUACAGGUGAAUGAUACAAAAAGUCAGAAGUGGGGAAGAGUACUAUUUCUUUCAUCAUGUAGAUUGAUUAGUAAUCCUUGCCUUUAUUUUCCUGGUUUCUUAUGACCAAUGUUUCUAAGGCAACAAGAUGACAACAGGUUAAAGAUCGUGUGGUAAUUUGGAUUUGGAGACAGACAUUUUAAUUCUUGAAUGUAGUUGCAAAUUAUGUAUUCAUAUUUGUACUUUCUAUUAAAAUGCACGAUUGCAGGAUUGUUGUUUAGAUUUUGUGUUUAUUCUUGAAAAGCUUUGUUCUUGUUUUUAAGUUUGCACUUGAAUCUUAUUAAAGAAAUCCACCCAUGUUAUCCAGA